UUUCGGAACUUUUCGCACCACCAUGAGAUACAGGAACUGUCUCCGGAAACCCGCUAAUCGAGUGUUCAAAACUAACCCCCUCGACUACGCGAAGCCCCCCUACCUUGCUGAGAAACUGCCACCGUUUUGGGAGCACGUGGCUCCAAGUCCUUACCGCAUUUAGGGUACAAUAAACUCUUCAAUGCCACAGGACCCUGAGAAGAUAUUUUGUCUUUCAAAGCUAUCGCUGCCACUAGCAUCACCGCUUUGAGCAAUCUUUACGUGAAUUCCUAUCUGAAUCUAGCGAGUCGGCCAUACUCCAUCUCUUUCACCGUAUCCCAACCCGUUCUAUAGUUCCAGCGAUACCACUCUAUUCCUCGGUUCUCCGUCGGAAACUGAACGAAAAUCAUGGCUACCAUUCCCGCUACAUCUGCAUCUUCAAGUAACCCUACUCUCUCAUCACGACCAGUACCUGAACCUCGACCAUCCACCACUGUCAUCACUGACUUCUGUGCCCAAUCUCAGCCCGAUACCAACGUCUUACCUCCCUUCUCUCCUUCUCAGAAACCAACAUUCUUGAACUUUCGUGGGCUGAAGAAGACCAUCUCUCGUAUUACGUUGAAGGCCAGUGGCACAUAUGAGUCUAGAGAUGGCUUGGAGGGCUCGGAGGAACGCGUUGGCACCCAACCGUUGUCUUUGGUCUUGAAGAAGAAACUAUCGGUUCUGGGGCGACUUAACGAUGUGCGGAAGGAGGGGAAACGGGUUGGAACUGGCAGUCGCGCCCCGCGGAGUAGGUACGGUACCGAGCCGCUCGAAGUCAAGAGGAAACACUCUCUGAGCUCGUUAUCGCUCUUCAGAACAACUGUUGCAAAGGAGAACCGAGCGGAUACCACACGGACACAAACUCACCCUUCCCUACUUCGCACACGGUCCUUGUUUGGCUUGCGUUCGAGGAAAUUUUCGAUGUCUUCGACGUCUGUCGUCGGAACCAAUACUGGGCCCACCGACGGAUCUACACUCGUAUCCUCCACUCCUACCCCUACGUUCCUCUGUAACGCGUUCGAGAGUGCUGAAGCUGAAGCUCGAUGGACUCGGCUUUUGGCGGUUCUCGAGCUAGAUACCUCGGAGUCUAAUUGUGAGCUUGAGGAGGACCGUAAAUGUCGAAUUCGCCGUUCCCGCUCCUUCUCCGACUUUCAAAACCGUGGUAGUGGUUUUUCGUGGGACAAGACCUCGGUCAACUAUCCGUGCCUAUACGAGCUUGAGCUUGAUGAUAGCAGUGAAGCGGAGAGUCGUUAUUCGGAUGACAUGGAGCUGGAUGACCUCUGGUCGGUUGAAUAUGUGGAUAAUUCAGUUUGGCACCUGGAGAGAGGGUAUGAAUCGGAUUUCAGUGGUGAGGAAGUUGACCGGAUUGUAUAUUGAAUUUGUUUCUGUUUUGACCGCCAAGCUACUUUCCCUCAUUACACUGGCCCCGCCUUGGUUUUUUCGUUUUCGUACAGAUUGGGUAAUUCCUCUGUACGCUUGCAUAGUUACACUGGAGUUGGCUAGCGAUACACCCCUUUCUCCACAAUAACAGAUGGGUACUUAGCUGCU